AUGCAAAGAGCCUCUGAAGAUCACCAUCUGAAGUGCUCUUCAGCCAUCGAGGGGCAACAGGAGGCCCUGAGCAGAGACCAUAAUUGCAAGCUUUGCACUAUUGACCGCCCAGACAUGAGGCCACCAGGCCAGCGUCUAGCCACAGAUGCCCCCUCAUUGUCCUUGUUUGAAGAUAGUGCAGCAAAGGACUUGUGCACAUUAGUGCAGAGUUCAUGCACACUUGUGGACAGCAACGCGCGAGCACCUCUGCUGGUGUGUAAAAGGCCCAUGCAGCUGCAGCAGUGCAACAUGGUCACGACUAUUUGUCGAGGUGCAUUAGGCUGUGAUGGCACAGGCCCUCAGCUGUUUUACGGGUCUCUUGAUCCACAGCGGGCUCACACCACUGUCAAAGAAGACUACGAUGGUUCCCAAUGUUAUGACACUCAUUUUCAUCAUACUAAUAUGGAGGACACCUUUGCUGCUUACUGCCACCCACAGCCCAUUCCAGCCCCUUCACAGCUCCUGCCUCCUUUGACAGGUCCUGAAGUCCUGCCGCGCCUCAUUUCAUCAUUGAGUGAGACUGGGCUAGAUUCUAAACCCCCGUCCUGCAGCUGUCAGUUUGGCUGCUCUUGGAUGCAUGUGUUACCCCAGCCCCAGAGGGCAUGCACUGUGCAGAUGUCCACCCGUGACGUGGGAACACUAACGACCAGCAGGGGCCAAAGAGACAUAGGUGUGCAGACAGAGGACAGUCAUUCUCAUGUAUUCCCUCAAGUUUGUCUCACAGAAGAAACCCACAGAGAGUGUCAGAAAACAAGCCAAAAUGCUGAACCAAAACCCAGCUCCAAGUCCCCUGUGAAGGAAGUCAAGUGGGAUGCAGAGGGGAUGACAUGGGAAGUGUAUGGGGCAGCUGUAGACCCAGAAGAAUUGGGCUCGGCUAUUCAGAAACACCUAGAAAUGCAGAUUAAAGAGACGGCCAAUCGUGCUGCAAAACUUUCCCGUCAGAACACAAACACAUCUAGACAUAGUGGCUCGUGUCAGAGGAAGAGGAGGCUGCUGAGGUCUCUGGGGCCCCCCGCUUGUUGCAUUCGCACUUCCACCGCUGUGGACUAA